AUGGAUCUGGAGGGGGUACGAGGAGACGUAUGUUGCAGAAUUUUUCCUACCAUCCUCUCGGAAGCCGCCCAGCAAUGGUAUUUCAAGCUGGUCCCUGGAAAGUUUAGCUCAUGGAAAGCUUUCUCCUCAAAAUUCCAUGCACAAUUCUCCUCCUCUCGCCAACUUCCAUUGCAUCUAGGAGACCUGGUCGAAGUCAAGCAAAGACCAGGCAAGCCUCUCCGAGCCUACAUCAGCAGAUUCAUGACGGAGGCGACCAAGGUUUCAUGGGUAACUGAAGGUGGAAAGUUGUUCGCAAUACUUCGAGGCAUUGAAGUCCUUGGUGAACUUUGGAAGGACAUAAGGAAGAAUGGCCCGGUAGACUCGAUGAGCGAUUUUCUCGACCGUGCUGAAGGCUUCAUCAAACUUGAAGAGGCUAUUCAGCGGGCAAAAGGCGAGCAAAAGCCUGGCAAGUCAAAAGUUCCUUCUACUGGAACGUUCGCCCAACUCUCCCAUUACCCAAAUAGUGCGAGCUCAAAUGGUAAACGUUCCAACAACAAUAACGGGCAAGGGAAUGGGAAGAAGGGAAAGUUCACCGGAAAAACCGAGCAAGCUCCCCAAGAGAAUCAAGCCAAGUACAUUGCAUUUACCAUCUUGACUUUGUUGGGUUUUGUGCCCUAA